AUGGAACUCCUUAAAAAAUCCCUCUACGAGCUUUUGAAAGCCGUGAUUACCGCCGCACUUGCGGCUUUUGGUCUUUCUUCCGAUGACCUUGGCGACGGGAAUCCUAACGGUAUUGACUGGAAUGUACUGCGGAAGCGCGGAAAGCGCCAUGACUACUUUACCAGUGCCCUUCCGUGGACUCAGAAAGGCCAGGCUAUUGAAUUGCCGCUUGGUACUUCUGCGCCUGUGACGUAUAAUGCUACCAAUCCCCACGAUUCUUAUUUGACUGGUAAACAGGCUGGUCUGUGGCAAAAGGGUAAUAAUACCGAUGCCGACCGUGCACAGGCUUGUUAUCUUGGCGACGAUGAUUCUGCCAAGCGUAUCCGCCCUGACUUGCAAGAACCUUUGUGGCUUAAUGCCGACCUUAGCCGUGCAACUGCAGCGACUAUUAAUUCCCUCCGCAUGGCUUUUCAGCUACAGAGAUUGCUCGAAACUGAUGCCCGUUGUGGUACUCGUCUCUGCGAGAUUAUCCGUGGUCACUUUAAGACUAUAUGUCCUGACGCUCGUCUGCAAAGGUCUGAGUAUCUCGGCGGUUCUUCCACUCCUAUUGGUUUCUUGCCUGUCGCUCAGACUGCCGAAAACGGAGAUACCCCGCAAGGUAAUCUCGUCGCUAACGCCCCACAGUCCCUUGACGUAUGGCAUUUAGCUCAGCGGUUUGAUACUCUUCCAACACUCUCUAAAGAGUUUAUUGAGGAUAACCCACCUCUUAAACGUGUUCUUAGUGUUCAGGAUGAACCAGAGAUUAUUCUUGAUGCGUAUCUUGGUCAGAAGUGGACUCGGCCUAUGGGUGUAAGGUCUAUUCCCGGCCUUGUCGAUCAUCUCUAA